CAAGGUUUUAUCCGUGUGCGUGGCAAGAAGGUUUACAUCAGAGCGGUGAAGAAGCAACACCAACACUACUUGGUGGACCCCCAUCUCCUCAGGCCCCACAUCGUCUUCAGCAGUCUGCAGAACGAUUCCGCAUCAGCACAGACAAGUGGAAAGGUUUCGUCCCGGAUUCGCAGAGUGGUCGAGGAGAAGGUGAAACAUCUGGAGCUCUUGGUGGUGGUAGGGCCAGAUGUUCACCAGUUCCACAAAGAAGACACUGAGAGGUACAUCCUCACCAACCUCAACAUUGGAGCAGAGCUUCUUCGCGAUCCCUCGUUGGGUAUUCAAUUCAGAGUUCAUCUGAUCAAAAUGAUUGUCCUCACAGUGCCUGAGGAAGACAUCCAGAUCACGACCAACAUCACCAGCUCGGUCCUGAGCGUCUGCAAAUGGAGCCUAAAGGUCAACCCAGAGAAUGACCUGGACCCUCGUCAUGCAGAUCUCGUUCUUUACGUCACCAAAUUUGAUCUAGAGCUCCCGGAUGGAAAUAAGCAAGUACGUGGCGUCACUUCAAAGGGAGGAGCCUGUUCAAGGUCUUGGAGCUGCAUCAUCACUGAGGACACGGGCUUCGGCUUGGGCAUCACCGUUGCUCACGAGAUCGCCCACAGCUUUGGGAUUGACCACGAUGGGGAAGGGAACCGCUGCGUGGGAGACCGACACAUUAUGGGCUCCGAAGGGGGGCACAACAGCCUCGAUCUGACCUGGUCGGUCUGCAGCCGAGAGCAGCUCCAGGCAUUCGUCAGUACAGGCCAAGCAAGCUGCACAGAUGACUUGCCUGUGUUAAAGAGCAGUCUGCCAGAAGCAAAGCCUGGCCUAUAUUUUGGGGCGGAGGAGCAGUGCAAAGUUGCCUUCGGUUCGGGGGCUUCGGCCUGCACUUUCAGCUAUGAUGUGGUAGGAGAUGCUCUGUGCCAAUACAUGUGCCAGGCAGCUGGGAAGAACUUCAUGGUGAGCCGUGGGGACCGAUUCAUUGAUGGGACAAGAUGCAAGAAAAGCAGCCUAGUGGACAAGGAUACCCUUGCUUUGUGUGUGAUGGGCAGCUGCAGGAUGUUUGGAUGUGACGGCCGGAUGGAUUCCGGAAAGAAGAUGGAUCCGUGUCAAGUAUGCGGGGGAGACGCCACAUCCUGCAUUAAUGUGAACGGCUUUUUCACCGAGGGAAAAGCGAGAGAGUACACCACCUUCCUGAUGCUGUCUCCGAACAUCACCUCAGUCCACGUGGUUAACCGGAAACCCCUCUUCACCCACAUGGCUGUGAAAAUUCAAGGGCAAUACACCGUCGCUGGGAGAGGACUCAUUUCUGUAAACGUCACCUACCCUUCGAUCUUAGAAGACAACCGGUUGGAAUACAAGGUCUUUCUUACAGAGGACAAUCUGCCUAGCCUGGAGGAGAUUCACAUGGCUGGACCAGUCCAGGAAGACGUAGAGAUACAGUUGCUCCUUCCCACAGGACGGAGGUGGCUGAGUUACGUCUGCUUGGUCUUCGACACAAAAGAGGAAACCGAGGAGAACCGCUGUAACCAGACCCAGAAACCAGCGAGCCGUCUAGAAGUCUGCAACCCGGAGCCGUGUCCCCCAAGGUGGUUUUACAAGCAAGGUUCGUGUAGCGUUACCUGCGGCGAAGGCGUUAUGCGCAAGGCCUUGUACUGCGCGCGAGAGACCGGGGAGGAAGAGGAGGAAGAGGAAGACAUAUUGCCCGACGCGGCCUGUGAGGGCUCCCCGCGCCCCAAAGAACUGGAAGCAUGCCACCUGCACCCUUGCCCCCCCAGCUGGAGAGUGACCGAGCAUGGACCCUGCUCCUCUUCGUGUGGGCUUGGAGUGGCCACCCAAUCCGUGGCUUGCCUGCAGCUUUCCGGAGGCCGAGACGUGGCCGUGGCCGAGGGCCAGUGUCCAGAAGCAGAAAAGCCCCCCUCUGUCGUGCCUUGCCUUCUCCGCGUCUGUCCGUACGAAUGGGGCUUCACCAAAUGGACGGAGUGCUCUGUCUCGUGUGGAACCGGCAUCCAGAAGCGACAGGAUUUCUGCAUCAACCCCCAAACCAAGACACGGGUGAAUCCUCUCCUGUGCAUGCUUGUUCCUAAGCCCAUGAUGGUGAGAACGUGCUCCGUCACGCCCUGCUUCCAAGUGACCACGGUGAAGGAAGACCUUCGGCCUGAUGUCCCCGCGGCCACCCAGCCUCCAGGGGCAGAGAUCCUGACCACCCCCGAGGUUCCUCUUCCUCUCAAAGGACCGCAGGACCAGAACCUGGAUCUCCCAUGGUCCAAAGGAGAAGAUCCUCAGAAGAAAGAAGCCAAGGCUAAACCCUGGGGAGAUAUCUCAGACGAACCCAGUAUCUGUGGAAGGCAAUGGCUGAGCCCCAGUGGAUUAAUCAACAUGACGGGGGUACAAGCCAGGAUCUGCACGGUCGCCAUAGGCCGGCCUUUAGGGGAGACCAUCACCGUCCAGGUGUUGCAGAGUUCCUUGAACUGCAGCGCAGGAGAAAUAUUACUGUUUUCAACCCGGACCAUGUGGCGGAUGGCUUGUAAGAAGCUGAAACUGUUGAUGGUCAACACCCAAACCAACACACUGAUAGUGAGGCAACGUCGGCUGUUGUUGGGCAGUGGCGUUGUGCUGCGCUACACCAGCAGACUGGCGGAGAAGAAAUACCACCAAG